AUGCCGUCUGUUUCCAAACAACAUCGUUUCUUCCUCGACCUCGCGGAUCAAUGCUUGCUAUCAUUAAGACGGGCCAACCAUGCUAAUUCAAAGAAAGCCCAUCUUCUCGGCCUUCCACUAGAACUCCUCUGGGAAGUUACUCAAUAUCUGCCCCCGGCUAGCGCCAAGGUGCUUACAUAUACAUGUCAGAAAUUCUAUUAUUCAAGCAGUACCUGGCUAGCCAAAUCGCGUCUCUUCCCUGCGGAUUGCUUUGAGAUGCUCUGCCUGCUCGAGAGGGAUCGGAUUCUCAGCACGUUUGCAUGUGGAGGGUGCCAAAGGCUCCAUGAUUGCAAAGAAUUCCCGCUUAAUGAGCUUAGAAAACCGCCGUUUGUACGUCGAUGCUUUGUGACUGUGCCGGUAAUCGACCUCUGUUUCAGCCACUCGCUAUGUUUCCGAGACGCAUUACGAGCGAAUAUGGUCCUCCGCGACUCGCCUCAAUACGCCCGCAUUGGGUGGGAAUCAAGCGAGAUUUGCUGCUCUACUCAAAAUGGUACUCCUAGCAUCGAGCUGGAUCAUCACCUUGUUGUUGCACAUGACCAGCCUGGACUUGGUAUUUUAACCAUAUUUACUGUCUGCAAUUUGGCAGAGAGUAAUAAUCUCCCGCAGAAACAUGAAUUGGCAGAGGCGUUGGCUAACCAUAGUAACCUGUCAAUAUGCUCACACAUCCGGCUCAACGAUCCCAAGAUCGUUGCGCUAUAUGACCGAGAGACCAUUCUUGAUGAAGCGACUCAAGGUCGUGUUGCUGGUCGAAACUGGAUAUUCGAGGAUGCAAGGGACGAGGAGCUCGUCACUUGCGAGGAGGAGCAUUGCGAAAGCUUUUCGCACUGGGUUUACAUCUGGGAUGAUCCUCAGCAACAGCAAGGUAGUGGGAGGCUUCAGCUGUUGAGUUUUCGAGAUCUCGGGGCUUUGGAAGAUCCCUGGGAUCCACGGUGGGUGGUCCACACGCCUUUCCGCAACCGUGUAAAGGGAAAUUGA